AUGCCAAUUGAAUUAACGAUCUUAAAAUUUUUUGUAAUAAUUACAUCAAGUGCUAAAUCCACGAAUAACAUUGUUGACCAAUCAGCUAGAACACUGGUAUAUAAUGAAAUCAGAUUGCUUCUUCCCAGUAUCUCUGAUGUAAAUUUGCGUAAGAGAACUUUCAAAGCUAAAAAAGUUUAUACAUUGUUUGAAGGGAUAGGAGUAGAUAUGAUUAGGCAAAUAACUUACAGUGCAAAUGCUAUUUCAAGCCUAACAGAUAUUCAGAUUCAAAAUAUUAUAAAUCGUUUUCGUAAAAAGUCAACUAACAUAAAUGAUACAAUUAAUUGCCAAGAAGUGAUUGGUGUUCCGAAAAAAAAUGCAUAUGUUACUGAACCAUCUAGCUCAAACGAUAUAUCAAACACUGAGGUAAGUAUUCCAGACAAGUUGAAAAAAUUACCAGAAGCCAAGAAAAUUAUACCAGAAACCUCGGUAAGUGCAUUACCUUCAGCACAGAGUGUCAUUUCUUCCGAAACAAAUACAAAGAAUGAUCACUCUCACAUUAUUAAGCUACGUAAUCAGUGCGAGCCAGAAUGA